AUGACAAAACGAGUCUAUGAUCCAAUUCAUGAUACGUAUCAAAUACGAGAGACUCCUGAGCCUCUAGCCCUCAGUGAAGAACGGUCGCAAGAUGAUAAUGAGAGGGAAAAAGAUGCAUCUUCUACUCAAUCGGAGAACUUUCCUUCUGCCUUUGAGUCUCAACCUGAAAACUCAGAAAAUUCCCCCAGCGAUGCGAAAUUUGAUGGGAAGGAAUCAACUGUUUCUGCGGACUCUCCUCCUUCUGGAGAACUGCCGAUUGACUCUUCUAAGUCAGCGAUACCGUCUCAGUCGAAAGUAGAGCUGGUGCAGUAUCCUGGCAACGAAAGAAAAUCAAAGCAUGCCCAAGCUAUGAGCUUCAUGACAACUACGUUGAGACCAAAACCGAAAACGAAAGAGCCUAGCCGAUACACACGUCACCUUAAAAAGUCGGACGGGGAACCAUUCACUCGUAAAGAUAUUCAUUAUGAGUUUUUAUCAAAGCUACUAUCGGAUACCAGGCAAUUGUUUCACAAUCCUUUCAAAGAUUUUUUCCCUUUGGAAUACACACCAAUAGAGGGACGUGUUAUCAAUGUAACUGAUAUUGACUACAAUGCCAAGAGAUUCAUAAGGGAUGAGAAGUUGACCUUUUCACAACUUUAUAUAUUGGCUAUUGCUUCAUCAAGUAAGUGCUCAAAAGUUUUGAGAGAUAAACUGUUAUUUGACCAUCAUGUGGCAUUUUCGACGUGUAUUUUAUCCCUUUUAGUUAAUACGGGAAGACUAAACACCACAGUCAAUUUCUUCCUCGAAAUGACUUCACAGCUGCGUACAUUCCACUCUAUUCCAUGUUUGCAGCAUUAUAGUUCGGAUCCCAAGUCGUUACAAGAUACACCAAGAAUUAAGUCGAUACUUAAAACUGUUCCCUUGGGCUCUGAUGUUCCCAUUGAAUUCCAUAAAUGGUACGCAGCCGACUACCCCCGUAACCCUAGCGAAUGGGUAAAUCCUGUUUCUCUAAUUUUCGCCUUUUGUGAACAGCAUGCAAUCCUUGAUUGGAACAUCAUAAUUCCUAAUUGCAAACAGAAGGUAACUUUAUAUCAGUUAUUUGACGACAAUACAUUCGAUCCCACUAUGAGAGCAAAUCUUUUCCUAUGGUUGAUGUACAUCCAUAUGGAGACAAAUCUUACACCAGAAGCAUUGCAGGCUGCCAAACCAACUUUUGGUGUAGAACAGAAUGGAAUGUUCCCGAUGUUAAAAGCCUCUGCGGAAAUUGAUAUAGAUACAGAAGUGGAAGAACAAUAUGGACAAGAACAGCUAGAGAAAAGAAUUAGUUUUCUAAAUCAAACAGGAGCUGAAAGGACAAUUGUUCAACAGACUAUGGAUACACCACCAGCAGGCUCUGAAGGAGAUUUACAGGAUGGUGAUUCAUCCGUACGAGAUGGCAAAGCCUCAAGUGUUGCAAAACCCAAGCAACCGCGUGCAUCCGCCAAAGAAAAAUCUACAAAAUCACAACCUUUAAUAAUACAACAAGACACUCAACGGAAGAAGAAAGCAUCUGCUUCUUCAGGAACAAGUAGUAACAAUAGUACUUCUAACAAGAGUAGUAACGGUGUAAAUGAAAGUGAGGUAAAUGGCAAUACUAGCAGUAACGGUGCAGAAAACAAAGUCGCUGCUAAUAGAGCAAAAGUUCAACAAGGGAAAGAUGAACGAGUUCAACAAAAGAUUGAUCUUGACAAGAAUUAUAAAAUUAAGGAUGAUUUAACUCAAGACCAAUUAAGGAAUAAACUUAUUGAGGCUCAUAAAAUAGCCAACCAAAAAUGCCAUGAACUAGGUUUAGUGAAAUUAUUUGACGAGUUUGAAGAUGUUCCCCUAGCAACCAUUAUUGGUAUUCGUGGUAAGAAGAGAAAGAAGUUUAGUGACGGUAUUUUAGGGUAUGAAACAGAUAUGUUAGGAGUUCUCCGUCACUCCAAGAGGCUUAUGUUGCAAAAGCUGAGGGACAGGUUUCAAGUGAGCGAACCAAAUCAUGAUUCCAAUCCACCUGCUACACUUGCCAACACCCAAAACGGAAAUGGUGAUAGUAGUACACAUACGGACAUAUCAAAAUCAGCAUAA